AUGUCAUCCAAGGAAUACAUCCUAUGUGACAACGCUGGGGAAGUAGCAGUAGCCGUGCCAGUUCUCUCCAGCUACACCCAUCUCGCAGUAGACUGCGAGGGUGAUCAGCUUGGCUGUAGAGGCGGGCGUCUAUCCCUUCUAACUAUAACCCCCAUUUCCAACGAUGCGCCCAUCUACAUAUUCGACCUCCUCAGGCUGAAGAGGAAAAAUAUGCGGCGAAUCUUUGAUCUCCUCCAAGAUGACUCGCGCGUGAAAAUAUUCUUUGAUGGAAGGAUGGACUAUAGUGCGCUGUGGCAUGAAUAUGCCGUUUCCGUAGCCGGUGUCAUCGAUCUCCAACUCGCAGAUUUGCAUUCCCGCCAGGACCGGGGGGAAACAGAGUCUAUGCGGUUGGAUCGCAUUCGUGCUUUUCUUCCGCCAAGAAUGGUCGCGGAAAGUCCAGACGAGUACCAAAUGUUGAUUUGCUUGUCGGGUCUGGCACGCUGUGCUCGAGAACAUCUACAACAUGACGAGAGAAAAGCUAUCGAUCACAGGAAGUGGCUCAAACGACCUUUAUCGCAAGAGCAACUCGGAUAUGCUGCCCAGGAUGCACAACUCAUCGAAAGCGUCUACGAGCACUUCAAAUCCCAAAAUUACCUCACAGAAGAACUCCCAGAGCAAAGCGAGCGGUACAUCACGUUCUGGGAAGCUGGGAAGCCGGAAAAAUACCGGCAUUUCGAUUCUCACUGUUUGUUGCCUUUGGACAUCAUCGAUUAUGAUGCUGGAAAACCCACACACAGGUGUGCAGGGUGCCGGCGAUUUCUAUCCGUGGACUGUUUUCCCGACGAAAACACCAGCUCGGGAGGGUUGUAUUGUUGGGUAUGCAAUGCCAUUCUGCGGAAGGAGGCAUACGACAAGCAAAAGCACAACAAUUCAAAAGGUGGUGGUAGACGCGGCCGUCGGCGUUAAGCUCGCAUGUUCUGUUGUUCGGGUGGUGUAUGUACUGAGCUUGUGGAUAAAAAAAAAAGCACCGUUCGUCCUAUUUUUCGUCGUAGUAGCAGUUAGUAUGUUGACAUUCUGAUCGAAGCGAGCACUAUGUAAUAUAUGGUCAGGGUUCUUGCGAAAAUAAAAGGUAGCGUCAGCGAGCCCGUCGCACCAAGGCGAGUCCAGAGGUACGGCAAGAUAUCUAAUCAGCGUGGGCGUGCAUGCUGUUGCUCAAACACAACACCAAUAGAUAUGAUGCAGCUGUGCUGCAGUGUCCUAUGAGAGUUCAACCUCACAAUGGGGAUAAUAAGAACGGACAUGAGCGCCGGUCAUCGGGCAACGCGUCUCGCCACAACACGAUGGUCCCAAUCUCUCUAGAACCGGAUAACAUAACGUUGUCCUGACUGAGUGGUCAGGUGUUGCACACUCG